CGUAAUCGUCACAUAGCAAUAGCAAUAACAAUAUCAAUAACAAUAGCAAUAACACUAGCUAUAAAAAUAGCAAUAGCAAUAAUAAUAGCAAGAGGAAUAGCAAUAGCAAUAGCAAUAACCAUAACAAUAACAAUAGUAAUAGCAAUAAUAAUAAUAAUAAUUGUUGGGAUAUAUUAUCCCGGCCUAUUACUGUUCAGGAGCCCAGGACAUUACUCACUACGGAGCCCGAGCAGCUAGGCCCAUUUCGGCCCAUCCGGCCCACUCUAGCCAUUUCGGCCCGCUUCGGCCCACGCGGCCCGUUAGGGUGGAGAGCAUCCCCUCCCCCUAUUCUCUAUAAAUAUGGGAGCUUCCCUCCAUAUUGAGGAGGCUCUUUUUUAGCUUCCUUCUUCCUUCUUCCUCUAGAAUAGCUCAAAUACUCCAUUAAUGGGAGCUUCAAGCUGGUAUAAUGUAAUGGUGAGGAGAGCCUAAUGAGAAUUGAGAGGGCUUGGACAUUAGCCUAAAAAGUCCCGUGGUUUUCUCCCUUUCGGGUUUCCACGUAAAAAUGGCUUGUUCAUACACAUUUAUACAUAUAUUUACUAUAUCGUGUUGGAUUAAACUCAACACUGGCGCCGUCUGUGGGAAUCUGUCCAAAAAGAUUCGUGUGUUCUACUGUUCUUGAGUUUCUGCGAAAAAUUCAUAUGGAGUGGAUUGAUUCCAGCGAAAAAGAAGGAAAAAUGACUGAUUUGAACGGGAGGAAGAGGAAAAACGAGGAUUUUGGAAGAUCUGGGUUGUCCGGAUCUUGCUCUGUUUUGCUGCCGCCGCCGGAGCAUCGUCGCCGCCAAAGCAUCACCACACCACCGUCGCCAUCACCGACCUACUGCUGGUUACUCCCCCCACCCGGUCGCCGUUCGAGCUUCCACGACUCGGCCGACGCGACAUGUGGGGUAUGCCGGUCGAGAGCUUCAUGAUUCUGCCAUUAAUGGUGUUUUUCGAGCUCAGAAUAAGGACGUUCAGUAGUUCGGUCGAGCUUCCGCCGGAUAAAAGCUGUUCGGGCCGCCUUGCUCGGCUGCGACCGCCGUCUCCACUCGCGAGAAGUGACCGACACGAACGGCCUGCACCUGGUUUGGUAGGAUGGUGCUCCACCUGCCUUUUCCUAAAAGAUGUACUCCGCACACGAUGCCUUGGUCUGAGGCAAGCCACGUCCGUGGAGUGAGGCCAAAUAAUGAAGAGCAAACUUUUAAAAUAAUGUUGACCGGGUCAAAAUUGAUGGAAGAAUUGACCAAGCUUUAUCUCCAAACCCAGCUGGCCGAAGCUUGAUCUCCAAAAGCUAAGUGCCACUAACCCAAUUUACUAGUUAUUGAAGUAUUAGAAUAAUACAGCAUGAUUAAAUAUUGCCAGUAUUUUUAUCACCAUUAUUUAUUAGGGAUUAAAACUCCCGAAAUUAAAUAAUGAGAGUGAUGCUCUAAGUGAUAAUUAGUUUUUACCGUCAUUUAAAUUUAAUGACUGGUUGUUGUGGGCCCGUCGGCCCGCUCCUGAUCAGCUUUAAUUAGCGAACGGAGCGCAUCUGAAUGACCAAUGAUAGGAUAAUAUCGGUAUUAUUGCCUGUUACAUCACUAUUAUUUGUUAGGGAUAAAAAUGUCCCGAAAUAAAUAAUGCAGAGCGAAGCUCUAGUGAUAGUUAGUUCGGCCAAUAUUUUAUCGAAUAUUUAAUUUUUUGUGGGGCCCGAUGGCCCACUCUCAAUCAGCUUGAUUAAGCGAUCCGAGCGUCUCCAGAAGGGCGAUGCCCCGACGACGCAUUUUAAUUGGGGGGUUACGCAUUGGUCCGCACGGCACCAAGUGCCCGAGCGACGAUCGUACCCUAGUACCAUCUGCGCCACUAGGCGAAGUGACUGUGCCAAACGCGGCCUGUGGGGCCCGAGGGCACCGAAGUGCUCAACCUCAUUUUUCGAGGGUAGUGCGACCAACUUGGGUCUGAGUUUGAAAACUCACGGACCGGUGAAUAUUUCUAUGUGACGUUCGGCGGGCUGCUAAUUGGCCCCGCCGCGAGCUGCUACGUCCAUUAACCCCGCACGAUGAGCCGGGCCGAGGGUCACGAUGACCCAUAGGCCGGUAAUCGUGGGUGUUAGAGGGAAGCCACGAUGACCCAUGCAGAUGGUUAUGUGUGCAUAUUUAUUAUCGGGCCGCGCGGCCCGUUACCAUGCUUAUUGCGCAGCCGAAGCCGCUCGACGCGCUUGAGCGAAAUGAUUAGAAGACGCUCGGCCCGAAUCUUGAAGACGUGCAGGGCCGGCUAAAGAGGAGACCAUCACGGCUGAGGACCGUGAGACGAGCAUCUCCACCUAGAGGCCGAGGGCCUAGAGGAGACCACCACGGUUGAGAACCGUGGGACGGGCAUCUCCACCCCAGAGACCGAUGGCCUAGGGAGAACACCUAGAGGCCGAGGGUCUAGAGUGGACUACCACGACGGAGGACCGUGAGACGAUCAUCCAUCAUUCAGAGGCCGAGGGCCUAGAGGAGACCAUCACGGUCGAGGGCCGUGAGACCAUCCUGAUUUUCAGGUCGGCCUCUCAUUGCCGACAACACCAUAUCACGACCGGCCUCUCGGCACGGCGUGAUUUCCAUAUUUGAAGACCGGCCUCGUCCCCGCACUGCGCGGAUGAGAGCCGUUGCUGGAUUGCAGGUCGGCCCCUCAUUGCCGACACUGCCACAUCAUGUUCGGCAUCUCAUCGCCGACAUCAUCAUACCACGACCGGCCUCUCGGCACGGCGUGUUUAUCUUUUGAAGACCGGCCUCGUCCCCGCCCUUCGUGGAUGAGGGCCGUUGCUUGAUUCUGUCAGAUCGGCCUCUCAUUGCCGACACCAUUAUAUCGCGACCGGCCUCCCGGCUCGGCGUGCUUUCCAUAUUUGAAGAUCGGCCUCAUCCCCGCUCCCCGUGGGUGAGGACCGUUGUGUGCUCACUCUCAGAUCGGCCUCUCAUUGUCGAUAUCAUUAUAUCACGACCGGCCCCUCGGCAUGGCGUGAUUAUCAUCUUUUGAAGACCGGCCUCGUCCCCGCGCUGCGCGGACGAAGACCGUUGCUGGAUUUCUUUCAGGUCGGCCUCUCAUCGCUGACAUCAUUAUAUCACGACCGGCCUCUCGGACCGGCGUGAUUAUCAUAUUUGAAGACCGGCCUCGUCCCCGCUCUUCGCGGAUGAGGACCGUUGCUUGAUUCUUUCAUAUCGGCCUCUCAUUGCCGACAUCAUUAUACCACGACCGGCCUCUCGGCUCGGCGUGCUUAUCUUUUGAAGACCGGCCUCAUCCCCGCCACCUCGUGGACGAGGACCGUUGUUGAUUCUUUCAGGUCGGCCUCUCACUGCCGACACUAUCAUGUUAUGUUCGGCCUCUCGGCACGACAUAUUUAUCUUUUGAAGACCGGUUUCAUCCCCGCGCUGCGUUGGAUGAGAGCCGUUGCUCGGAUAUAUCGGCCUGACUAGACACUAUUGCCAUCUCCAUUAUCAGGACCGACUGCUCAGCGACAUUAUGAUCAUUGUGUAUCGGCUCCCAAUGUCGACCUUCUUGAGUUAGCGAUUGGGCUCACCCCUCCCUUCAGGAGGGUGACCAUCGCCUUCGCAUGACGACCAGCAUUUCCAUCGCCUCGUCAUUCUAUUCAUUUUGAUAUCCCACCACCAUUAUGUGUGACAUCACUUGUGGUUAUUCUUGGAACCGACGAACGUAUUUUCCUCCCUCAAAAAAAAAAAAAAAAAAAAAAAAAAAAAGAAGGAAAAAAAAAAAAAAAAAAAAAAAAAAAAAAAAAAAGAUGGGGAGAAGGGGAGACGAGAUCCUAUGAGAGAGGGAGUCUUGACGAGGUAUGCCUGAUCUUCCUUCACCACGUGACGAACGUCUCCCGACGCGGAGGUUAGUAGGAACGUGGGGGAGGCUGGACGUACCAAAGGGAACCUCGGCAAGAUAAACCAGUUCCUCCCAUUUCCCGUGGAUCGAUGAACACCUUCUGCAAAAGCAGAAGGCUAGUAGGGCCACGAGCAUGGGACGACGAAGCAGGGAAUCCCGACGUGGAUACACCUGUUCCUCCUUGCGAUCGUUGGUUGACCGAACGUCUUCUUCGAAGUAAGAAGAUUAGUAGGACCGCGACAAGGACGAACGAAGAAUAGGGAAUCCCGACGUGGAUACACCUGUUCCUCCUUGCGAUCGUUGGUUGACCGAACGUCUUCUUCGAAGUAAGAAGAUUAGUAGGACCGCGACAAGGACGAACGAAGAAUAGGGAAUCCCGACGUGGAUACACCUGUUCCUCCUUGCGAUCGUUGGUUGACCGAACGUCUUCUUCGAAGUAAGAAGAUUAGUAGGACCGCGACAAGGACGAACGAAGAAUAGGGAAUCCCGACGUGGAUAAACCUGUUCCUUCUCAUAGUUGGGAUGACGAACGUCUCCUGCGAAACCAGGAGACCAGUACUCACGAGACUUGGGAAGAACGAAGAACCAGUUCUCUACCGGAGUCUGUGCGUGCCGAGUGUACACUGCUUAGCGGUCCGUACAUAGGACCACGGAUACGGUAGACGAACGAAGACCAGCUCCAUGGAUCAGACACGAUGGACCAGCUCUUUACCGGAGUCUGUGCGUGCCGAGUGUACACUGCUUAGCGGUCCGUACAUAGGACCACGGAUACGGUAGACGAACGAAGACCAGCUCCAUGGAUCAGACACGAAGAACCAGUUCUUUAUCGGAGUCUGUGCGUGCCGAGUGUACACCGCUUAGCGGUCCGUACAUAGAACCACGGAUACGGUAGACGAACGACGAUUAGCUCCCCAGCUCAGACAAGAGAGACAUUGCCCAGAUUUAUUUUCAGGCUCACCAUUCCUUCCCGGAUGGAGUCCGGCAGACGAUCGGUUUCUCACAGCCAAUCAGGAGAGAGACUUGACACAUCACCAGCACGGCCGAGGGCCGCGAGAGGCCGAGGGCCAUGAGAUGAUCAUCACUAUUUUUAUGCAUCACGAUCGGCCCCUCAGCGCCAUCGUGUCCUGAUUCACGGUUCGGAUCGCCCAUUUCCCUCCAGGAUGGCGACGACCGUCUUAUGCAGUACGAUCGGCCCCUCAGCGCCAUCGUACCCAGCUCACGUUCGGCUCGUCCAUCCCUUCCAGGGUGGCGACGAACGUCUUAUGCAUCACGAUCGGCCCCUCAGCGCCAUCGUGUCCUGAUUCACGGUUCGGAUCGCCCAUUUCCCUCCAGGAUGGCGACGACCGUCUUAUGCAGUACGAUCGGCCCCUCAGCGCCAUCGUACCCAGCUCACGUUCGGCUCGUCCAUCCCUUCCAGGGUGGCGACGAACGUCUUAUGCAUCACGAUCGGCCCCUCAGCGCCAUCGUGUCCUGAUUCACGGUUCGGAUCGCCCAUUUCCCUCCAGGAUGGCGACGACCGUCUUAUGCAGUACGAUCGGCCCCUCAGCGCCAUCGUACCCAGCUCACGUUCGGCUCGUCCAUCCCUUCCAGGGUGGCGACGAACGUCUUAUGCAUCACGAUCGGCCCCUCAGCGCCAUCGUGUCCUGAUUCACGGUUCGGAUCGCGCAUCUCUUCCAGGAUGGCGACGAACGUCUUAUGCAGUGCGAUCGGCCCCUCAGCGCCAUCGUACCUGGCUUCACGGUUCGGCUCGCACAUUCCCUCCGGGAUGGCGACGACCGUCUUAUGCAGCACGAUCGGCCCCUCAGCGCCAUCGUGUCUCUUUCACGUUCGGAUCGCGCAUCUCUUCCAGGAUGGCGACGAACGUCUUAUGCAGUGCGAUCGGCCCAUCAGCGCCAUCGUACCUGGCUUCACGGUUCGGCUCGCACAUUCCCUUCAGGAUGGCGACGACCGUCUUAUGCAGCACGAUCGGCCCCUCAGCGCCAUCAUGUCUCUUUCACGUUCGGAUCAUGCAUCCCCUCCAGGAUGGCGACGAACGUCUCAUAUGCAGCACGAUCAGCGCCCCAGCACCAUCGUGUCUGGCUCGUGUUCGGCUCGCCCAUCCCUUCCAGGAUGGCGACGAACAUCUCUUAUACAGCUCGAUUGGCCCCUCGGCGGCAUCAUGCCUAGUUCACCUCCGGCUCCGCCCAUGCCAUCUCGGAUGGGGGACUCGUCGUAUGCAGCAUGAUUGGCCCCUCGGCGGCAUCAUGUCUAGUCCACCUUCGGCUCCGCCCAUGCCAUCUCGGAUGGGGGACCCGUCUUACGCAGCGCGUCUGCUUCUCGGCGCUGACAUGCCCGGGUUAUCGAUGAGAGCUACUGCUUCUAUCACAUCUUGCAUUCCCUCUCUCAUACAUUACAUACAUACAUUACAUGCAUACAUACAUUCAUGCAUCAUACCUCAUACAUCCAUACAUACACACGUGCAUCAUGUUUUGACAGUACCGCGACGUCGGUUUAUAGAUGAUGGACCUCUAAGCUUCUCCGAUUGGAAAGCUCGAGUCAGAGUUCUUUACUCCCGCCUGAUGCAUUCAGGGGGAGUGUGCCCGUGGAGGGGCACCCUUCGCCCGACCCUGUCAAGAAGGGGGGUGCCUCACUGGUAGAUUACAUUCAGGAGUGCAGACACUCACUCAUAUAUGAUGAUUAUGUGAAGACACAGUUUCCAGCAAGACAGAGGAAGAGCGCAGGCAGAAUAUAUUUUCUCGAGCAGAUUCGCGAGCUCACUACUCAAGAAACUGGGGGACUUGUGUUGGGAUAUAUUAUCCCGGCCUAUUACUGUUCAGGAGCCCAGGACAUUACUCACUACGGAGCCCGAGCAGCUAGGCCCAUUUCGGCCCAUCCGGCCCACUCUAGCCAUUUCGGCCCGCUUCGGCCCACGCGGCCCGUUAGGGUGGAGAGCAUCCCCUCCCCCUAUUCUCUAUAAAUAUGGGAGCUUCCCUCCAUAUUGAGGAGGCUCUUUUUUAGCUUCCUUCUUCCUUCUUCCUCUAGAAUAGCUCAAAUACUCCAUUAAUGGGAGCUUCAAGCUGGUAUAAUGUAAUGGUGAGGAGAGCCUAAUGAGAAUUGAGAGGGCUUGGACAUUAGCCUAAAAAGUCCCGUGGUUUUCUCCCUUUCGGGUUUCCACGUAAAAAUGGCUUGUUCAUACACAUUUAUACAUAUAUUUACUAUAUCGUGUUGGAUUAAACUCAAC